AUGCACGAACGAACCAGUUUCGAUCAUUCGAAAAUAGAGAACCUAGACGUCACGCCUGAUAUCUUUACUGAAGAUGACAGCAAUGAUGAGUCAAAGUAUGAUCCCUCGACAAGCACUGACCAUAGAUCGAUGGAUGAAACGGCAGACAAGAUGGAUGUCGAAGAGGAUGACAAUCUUACCGAAAACGAGACGGAUGAGGACGACGAAGACGAGGAUAUGGGGAAACAAGACUCGAAUCCAGAUGAAAAUAAUGUGAUAGUAGAAAAAAAAGAUGAAAAUUUAAGUGAUUGA